UUCGAUGACCAACAACAGGUCCUUUCCCUCUCCUUGGCCUUAUCCUCUCUCCCUCUCUCAGUUCCUCCUCCAGUCCUCCCCAAUGGACUCCCUCUCCAUGGUCCUCUCCUGUUCUUCUCCACCUUUCCAACAACCCCACCUCAAAACCCAUAAACCAAUCUCUCUCCCCAAAACCUCCCUCCUCACUUCCCAAUCACUCACUUCUCACCACCCUCAUUUCCCCUCCAUCAAAAACCAACUCUCCUUCAUCACCACCACCGCCAUUGCUCUCCCUUCUUUUGCUUCCGACCAAGUAUCCGACAAAAUCAACUUGGAGUUAAUCCUGAACUCAGUUGAUGAGUUCUUCACCAAGUACCCGUUUUUCGUGGCGAGUGUUACGUUCGUUUGGUUGGUCGGUGUUCCUGUAGUUGAGAAUUACUUCAGGAAAUAUAAGUUCAUCUCUGUUUUAGAUGCGUUUAAGAAACUCAAAGAGGACCCGACUGUUCAGUUGUUGGAUAUUAGGGACCGGAAGAGUUUGAAGUACUUGAAGUCUCCCAACUUGAGGAUUGUGAAUAAGGAUAGUGUGCAGGUUGAGUUUGAUGAGGGUGAUGAAGGUGGGUUCGUGAGGAAGGUUUUGGACAAGUUUGGUGACCCGGGGAACACUGUGGUCUGUGUUUUGGGGAAUUUUGAGGGUAUUUCCAUCAUAGUGGCGGAGUUACUAGUCAAGAAUGGUUUCAAAGAGACUUACGCAAUCAAGGGAGGAGUUGGAGGCACCAAAGGGUGGUUGGAAUCACAGGAAAAUCUUUUGCCACCUUCUAUGCAUAUGUACCCAAAGAAGAAGGUAAAAACUUCAAAAGAAACUGGGAUGAACGGUGGAGUUGUUCAGCAAAAGGAAGAUGACAGUAAUGCUGCAUCUUCUUCGGAAAAAGUUGUUGUAGCAGAAAAACAAAGUAUCAACAAUGGACACAUAACCAAGUCAACGGAGGCUGUGUCACUAGUGAAAGAUGGCUCUAGAUCCUCUUCUCCCUACCCAAAUUACCCAGAUUUGAAACCACCAUCUUCCCCAACUCCAUCAAAGCCCCGUAGUUGAUGCUGCUGAGUGUUACUGCACAUUCCUUACAAUUGUUUUUACUAAGCAGAGAGUAUUGAGAAAUGAGUGCUCUCGUAUCUAUUUAGUGACAGCAAAGUGUUCAUCUAUCGUACAAUUACUAUGACUAGUGUAACCUGGUUGUUUGGGCCAACACUUAUUAGAGUACUAAACGAGGAUCAUUGCAGUGAA